UGGAAAAAGUCAAGGGGUCUGAAUACUUUCCGAAGGCACUAUAUAUCAAGUCAUUUGUCAUCCAGUACAGCCAGAAGAGGAGCGGCCACUGCUCGAGCCGGGAUCUUCUCUAGGUUUUUCCUAGGUUCCUUCUAAGGAGUUUUUACUAGCCACUCUGCUUCUGUAUUGCUUGCCCUUUGGGGUUUUAGUCUCGGUACCUGCACCCUCAGCGGAGUCAACAAACACCGGGAGCAUCCAUUUUUCAGGAAGAAGGCAGAGAGGAAGCCAAAGCCUGAAACCUGGAAGGUUCUGGUUUCUGUCAACCUCAUUUAGGUGUUUCUUUUACACCUUAUACGUUAGGUUAGGGUAUCUGUAAAGCACUUUGUGACAACUGCAGAUGUAAAAAGGGCUUUAUAAAAUACAUUUGAUUGACAUGUAUAUCACACCAACUGACUGGUUCUUCUGAUGUUGUUCACACUGGAGACCAUGUUGAGACAUUCUCUACAUCCAGAGAGCAACAACAGGAAGAUCACAGAGCUCAGAAGUCUCACCACUGCCCACAUUGACAACUCUGAUUAUGUCUGAGGCCGGUAACAUCAAAAGUGAGGAUAAACCCAAUCUACAGUCACUGGGUCCUGAUUGUGACAGUGGAGCCCAGUUUACACUGCAGGAUCCAGAGAUGGAAUCAGUGAAGCUGGAAGACUGCAGUCAAACACUGGAGCUGAAUGUCAACAUUAAAGAUGAAGAAGAGGAGGAGAAGAUUGGGACAUCUGUUUAUGAUGGAGACCAUGUUGAGACAUUCUCUACAUCCAGAGAGCAACAGCAGGAAGAUCACAGAGAUAAGAGGUCUCACCACUGCCCACAUUGUGAGGAGAUUUUCCCAAUUCUAUCAAAACUAGAAAUACACUUAAAAAUACACACAGGAGAGAAUCUGUAUUCCUGCACUGACUGUGGGAAGAGUUUCACAACAUCACAGGCUCUGACAGUUCAUCUGCGAGUCCACACUGGAGAAAAACCUUACUCCUGCUCUAUCUGUAGGGAGAGUUUCUCUCAACAGAGCAGCUUAAAAACACACCAACGUGUACACACAGGAGAGAAGCCUUACUCGUGCUCUGACUGUGGGAAGAGUUUCUCCAUAUCAAGCAACUUAAAAACACACCUAAAAAUACACGCCGGGGAGAAGCCUUACUUCUGCUCUGACUGUGGGGCGAGUUUCUCUCAACAGAGCCACUUACAAACCCACCAACAUAUACAUACAGGAGAGAAGCAUUACUUAUGCUCUGACUGCGGAAAAUGCUUCAUAACAUCAGCUGAGUUAAGAGUUCAUCAGAGAACACACACAGGAGAGAAGCCUUACUGCUGCUCUGACUGUGGGAAGAGUUUCUCUCAACAGAGCAACUUAAAAUGUCACCAGCGAAUACACACAGGAGAGAAGCCUUACUCCUGCUCUGACUGUGGGAAGAGUUUCACCCAUUUGGAUAUAUUGAAAUGUCACCAGCGAAUACACACAGGAGAGAAGCCUUACUCCUGCUCUGUCUGUGGGAAGAGUUUCUCCCAACAGGGCAACUUCAAAACACACCAACGUAUGCAUAAAGGAGAGAAGCCCUACUCCUGUUCUGACUGUGGAAAAUGCUUCACAACAUCAAGUGAGCUAAAAUCUCAUCAGAGAACACACACAGGAGAGAAGCCUUACUACUGCUCUGACUGUGGGAAGAGUUUCUCCCGAUUGGCUACCUUAAAAACACAUCAAUGUAUACUUAAAGGAGAAAAGUCUCAUCACUUCUCUCAGACCAGCUAAGAUUAAAGUCUCUCCAUCAAUUAAUCCUCAUCUCAUAAAAUAAGUGGUAACAGUGAAUUGGAUCUAUUGAAGAAAGCGUAGAACACUCUAUUGUAAUCCUAUUGUUUCUCACUGUGAGAGAACUGUGCAGAGGAAAGGGAGCGUUAUAGAAUUAUGACAUUGGAAAUCAUCUUUUUCCAUCUUUUUUUACUACAAAACAUAGAAACGCACCAUUUUCACGUGUUGAUGUUGGGGUGGUGCUGGAGAUGAUGAAUAUGAAGUUGAAACAUUUUAAAAUGUCCCUUUUAAGGUAAAACAAUAGGAUGGUGGUUGGUCGGGUGGAUGGAUGAGUCAGCAUAUAACAUGAAAGUCUAGCAACCCAACGGUUGCGUGUUCAAAUCUCAUCACGGAGAACUUUAGCAUUUUAGCUAAUAAGCAACUUUACAACUACACUACAUGACCAAAAAUACACUACCGUUCAAAAGUUUGGGGUCAGUUAGAAAUGUCCUUGUUUUUGAAAGAAAAGCUAUUUUUUUGUCCGUUUUAUAUAACAUCAAAUUGAUCAGAAAUACAGUGUAGACAUUGUUAAUGUUGUAAAUUACUAUUGUAGCUUGAAACGGCAGAUUUUUUAAUGGAUAAUCUACAUAGGCGUACAGAGGCCUAUUAUCAGCAACCAUCACUCCUGUGUUCCAAUGACACGUUGUGUUAGCGAAUUCAAGUUUAUCAUUUUAAAAGGCUAAAUGAUCAUUAGAAAACCUUUUUGCAAUUAUGUUAGCACAGCUAAAAACGGUUGUUCUGAUUAAAGAAGCAAUAAAACUGGCCUUUUUUGGACUAGUUGAGUAUCUGGAGCAUCAGCAUUUGUGGGUUUGAUUACAGGCUCAAAAUGGCCAGAAACAAUAACUUUCUUUUGAAACUCGUCAGUCUAUUCUUGUUCUGAGAAAUUAAGGCUAUUCCAUGCAAGAAAUUGCCAAGAAACGGAAAAUCUCUUACAACGCUGUGUACUACUCCCUUCACAGAACAGCACAAACUGGACCUAACCAGAAUAGAAAGGAGUGGGAGGCCCUGGUGCGCAACUGAGUAAGAUGACAAGUACAUUAGUGUCUAGUUUGAGAAACGGACGCCUCACAAGUUCUCAACUGGCAGCUUCAUUAAAUAGUACCCGCAAAACACCAGUCUCAACGUCAACAGUAAAGAUGCGACUCCGGGAUCCUGGCCUUCUAGGCAGAGUUGCAAAGAAAAAUACAUCUCUCAGACUGGCCAAUAAAAAUAAAAGAUUAAGAUGGGCAAAAGAACACAGACACUGGACAGAGGAACUCUGCCUAGAUGGCCAGCAUCCCGGAGUCACCUCUUCACUGUUGACAUUGAGACUGGUGUUUUACGGGUUUGAUGUUUUUUUAGUGUUAUUUUAAUAGACAAUAAAAUAUAUAUAUUUCAAAGACAAGGACAUUUCUAAGUGACCCCAAACUUUUGAACAGUAGUGUAUGUGGGUCCCCCUUUUGCUGCAAUAACGGCCUCCACUCUUCUGGGAAGGCUUUCCACUAGAUCUUGGAACAUUGCUGUGGGGAGUUUUUCCAUUCAGCCACGAGCAUUAGUGAGGUCGGGCACUGAUGUUGGGCGAUUAGGUCUGGCUCGCAGUCAACGUUUCAAUUCAUCCCAAAGGUGUUCGAUGGGGUUAAGGUCAGGGCUCUGUGCAGGCCAAUCAAGUUCUUCCACACUGAUCUCGACAAACCCCCCAAAAAGAAGAAAAAAAAAACAGCCCCAGACCAUUAGUCGUCCUCCACCAAACUUUACAGUUGGCACUAUGCAGUGAGGCAGGUAGUGUUCUCCUGUCAUCCACCAAACCCAGAUUCGUCCGUCGGACUGCUAUAUGAUGAAGCAUGAUUCAUCACUCCAGAGAACAUGUUUCCACUGCGUCAGUCCAAUGGCAGUGAGCUUUACACCACUCCAGCCAACGCUUGGCAUUGCACAUGGUGAUCUUAGGCAUGUGUGCUGCUGCUCGGCCAUGAAAAACCCUUUUAUGAUGCUCCCAACGAACAGUUCUUGUGGACAUUGCUUCCAGAAGCAGUUUGGAACUUGAUAAUGAGUGUUGCAACCGAGGACAGACAAUUUUUACAUGCUUCAGCACUCGGCAGUCCUCAAGCAGGGCAGACAUUUGAUGAACUGGCGGUGCCACAUUGAAAGUCACUAAGCUCUUCAGUAAGGCCAUUCUACUGUCAAUGUUUGUCUAUGGAGAAUGCAUGGCUGUGUGCUCGAUUUUAUUCUCUUGUCAGCAACGGGUGUGGCUGAAAUAGCCAAAUCCACAAUUUGAAGGGGUGUCCUCAUACUUUUGUGUAUAUAGUGUGCUUAGCAUGUUAAUGUUAGCAACAACAAAUUGGAAUUCGUAAAAUAUCAUACGUAUAGCAGAUUCGUAACAUAUUGUACGAAAUGUAAUUCGUAACAUACUAUACAUCCUACAAAUCGUAUUACAGUUAUAGGCCAAUGUAAUGUAACAUAACAUACUAAAUUGUGUGUUUUUUUUAUAUACAUAUAGUACGUUUUGCUCUGACACCAAGUUGUCCCUCUGCAGUUCUCUGUGGGAAUGAGUUAGUAGAUACAGUUGAAGUUGGAAGUUUACAUACACUUAGGUUGGAGUCAUUAAAACUCAUUUUUCAACCACUCCACAAAUUUCUUGUUAACAAACUAUAGUUUUGGCAUGUCGGUUAGGACAUCUUUGUGCAUGCCACAAGUCAUUUUUCCAACAAUUGUUUACAGACAGAUUAUUUCACUUAUAAUUCACUGUAUCACAAUUCCAGUGGGUCAGAAGUUUACAUACACUUAAGUUGACUGUGCCUUUAAACAGCUUGGAAAAUUCCAGAAAAUUAUGUCAUGGCUUUAGAAGCUUCUGAUAGGCUAAUUGACAUAAUUUGAGUCAAUUGAAGUGCUACCUGUGGAUGUAUUUCAAGGUCUACCUUCAAACUCAGUGCCUCUUUGCUUGACAUCAUGGGAAAAUCUAAAGAUAUCAGCCAAGACCUCAGAAAAUAAGUUGUAGACCUACACAAGUCUGGUUCAUCCUUGGGAGCAAUUUCCAAACGCCUGAAGGAACCACGUUCAUCUCUACAAACAAUAGUACGCAAGUACAAACACCAUGGGACCACGCAGCCGUCAUAUCGCUCAGGAAGGAUACGCGUUCUGUCUCCUAGAGAUGAACGUACUUUGGUGCGAAAAGUGCAAAUCAAUCCCAGAACAACAGGAGGACCUUGUGAACAUGCUGGAGGAAACAGGUACAAAAGUAUCUAUAACCGCAGUAAAACAAGUCCUAUAUCGACAUAACCUGAAAGGCUGCUCAGCAAGGAAGAAGCCACUGCUCCAAAACCACCAUAAAAAAACCAGACUAUGGUUUGCAACUGCACUUGGGGACAAAGAUCGUACUUUUUGGAGAAAUGUCCACUGGUCUGAUGAACUGUUUGGCCAUAAUGAGAAUUGUUAUGUUUGGAGGAAAAAGGGGGAGGCUUGCAAGCCAAGGAACACCAUCCCAACCGUGAAGCACAGGGGUGGCAGCAUCAUGUUGUGGGGGUGCUUUGCUACAGGAGGGACUGGUGCACUUCACAAAAUAGAUGGCAUCAUGAGGCAGGAAAAUUAUGUGGAUAUAUUGAAGCAACAUCUCAAGACAUCAGUCAGGAAGUUAAAGCGUGGUCGCAAAUGGGUCUUCCAAAUAGACAAUGACCCCAAGCAUACUUCCAAAGUUGUGGCAAAAUGGCUUCAGGACAACAAAAUCAAGGUAUUGGAGUGGCCAUCACAAAGCCCUGACCUCAAUCCUAUAGAAAAUUUGUGGGCAGAACUGAAAAAGCGUGUGCUAGCAAGGAGGCCUACAAACCUGACUCAGUUACACCAGCUCUGUCAGGAGGAAUGGGCCAAAAUUCACCCAACUUAUUGUGGGAAGCUUGCGGAAGGCUGCCCGAAACAUUUGACCCAAGUUAAACAAUUUAAAGGCAAUGCUACCAAAUACUAAUUGAGUGCAUGUAAACUUCUGACCCACUGGGAAUGUGAUGAACGAAAUAAAAGCUGAAAUAAAUAAUUCUCUCAACUAUUAUUCUGACAUUUCACAUUCUUAAAAUAAAGUGGUGAUCCUAACUGACCUAAAACAGGGAAUUUUUACUGGGAUUAAAUGUCAGGAAUUGUGAAAAACUGAGUUUAAAUGUAUUUGGCUAAGGCGUAUGUAAACUUUCGACUUCAACUCUAUCAGAUAGAGAUGAUGUGAUGAUCAGUUUUCUGUGGGAAUGAGUUAGUAGACACAACAUGUAUCAGUUUGUGAUGAUCAGUUUUCUGUGGGAAUGAGUUAGUAGAUACAACAUGUAUCAGAUAGAGAUGAUGUGAUGAUCAGUUUUCACCAUUACUUUGGGUGGAUUCUUUUUUACUACAUAAUGACUUUUGUUUAAUGAUAUGCAGGCUAUGAAAGACUACAUGUGUUUAUUAAAUUGUCUUUUAAAACUAGAUUCAUUAUUUUAGUCAUUGAUUCAUGUAUUUGGAUAACUGUAAUGAACUUAAUUUAUCUGCUAAUGAAAAAUAAACAUUGUACAUGAA